CUCUCAUUAUAUCCGACCACCAUGCCUAUUUUAAUUGGUAGCCAGCCAUCGUUGCACUGAUCAUGCCUGAUGGAUACAAUACACAAAGAAUAUAUUGCGUGUGUGUAGUAUAGCGGUUGUACGUGUACAAUGCGAUCCUUACACUUAUCAAAUUGGCAUUUUUUACACAUAAGAUGGGCUACCUUCAUCUCCGAUUAGGUGUGUGAAGAAAAGCUUCAACUCUCUCACUCCAGCUCCAUUGUACUACUCUGUGUGUAGGCCUAGUCGUUUUACGUUGAUAUCGUGUGCGGUGUUGAUGGCAUUAUUACUAGCUGGGCUCUCGUGAAAUCAUCACUUUUACCAACAGAUUAACUUUUCUGCAACAGACUAGCGCCGGUACCAGGCAAGAAAUGGCUCUCCAAAAUGUUGAUGUCCAACAGGACAGAUGCUACAAGAAAGUGGCCUUCACGAUCGGAAAAGCCCUCUCCCCUGAAGAAAUCCACGACUUCAAAUUUCUAUGCAAGGACAUUCCGGGUUUCACCCAAACCGACAUCGAUGAGAUAUCCACCGGCCUUGCCCUAAUAACCAAACUCGAACAGUUAGCCGUCCUUACAAAGGAUAAAGUGGAUGAUGUGAUUGAACUUGAAUUGGUGAAUAGGAAGGAUUUGCAAAAUGAACUGGAGCAAUAUAAAUUACAAUUUAUUACAAGAUCAACAGAUUGGCAAGUAGGGGGGCCAAUAGCCCAACCAAUGAGUGCACAGUUUCAGCAGAAUAACGGAUACCAGUCGGCAGCUUACAACGCACAAAAUCAGCCGGUUGUAAUGGGAGACGAUCUUAGUACAGAGUUUGACAUCAUUGUUGAGAACAUCGGCCGUGACUGGCGACAGCUAGCUAGACGUCUGGGUCUGAGUGAGGUCGACAUCGAGUGCAUCACCGAGAACCACGGCAGGAACCUAAGAGAGCAAUCAAGGCAGGCCUUGUGGACAUGGAAGAACAGGGUGCGCAGGGAGGCCACGAGGCAGGCCCUUAUCGGUGCCUUACGGAAGUGCAGGAUGAACUACAUUGCUGAUAUUGUCGAAGGGUUCAUCAAGCAGUGAGGACAUUGUCAAGGAGUUUGUCAAACCUUGAAGACAUCGUUGAAGACUUAUCAAGGAUUUUGUUUUCAUGACGUUGUGAACUUGUGGAGGCAUUUUUGUGUAGACCUGGAAAGCUUCAUCAAGUCAUUCGGACCUUGAUAAAAGGUUCCUCAAGAAAUAGAGAUAUUGUC